GGCGGGGCCUGGGCGCGGGGCGGGCGGCGGCGACCAGCCGGAGAAGAAAGAACAUGGCGGGCGCAGCGGGGCCCGGGACCGGCCUGGGGGCAGCGGGCGGAGAUGGAGAUGAUUCGCUAUACCCGAUCGCAGUUUUAAUCGACGAGCUCCGCAAUGAGGAUGUGCAGCUCCGUCUCAACAGUAUUAAGAAAUUAUCAACAAUUGCUCUAGCACUUGGAGUAGAAAGGACCCGAACUGAACUGCUGCCAUUCCUUACAGAUACAAUUUAUGAUGAAGAUGAGGUACUGUUAGCUCUUGCUGAGCAGCUGGGAAAUUUUACUGGCCUAGUGGGAGGUCCUGAUUUUGCCCACUGUCUGCUGCCUCCUUUGGAAAGUCUGGCGACUGUGGAAGAGACUGUUGUUCGAGACAAGGCUGUGGAGUCCCUGAGGCAGAUCUCCCAGGAGCAUACUCCUGUUGCUCUGGAAGCUCAUUUUGUACCUCUGGUGAAACGCCUAGCAAGUGGGGAUUGGUUUACUUCUCGAACAUCUGCUUGUGGUUUGUUCAGCGUUUGCUAUCCCAGGGCUUCAAAUGUUGUCAAGGCGGAAAUUAGACAGCACUUCCGUUCCUUGUGCUCAGAUGACACACCAAUGGUACGACGAGCUGCUGCUUCCAAAUUGGGUGAAUUUGCGAAAGUUUUGGAAUUAGACAGUGUGAAAACUGAAAUUGUUCCAUUGUUCACUAAUCUAGCUUCAGAUGAACAGGAUUCAGUGCGCCUCCUAGCUGUGGAAGCUUGUGUUAGUAUUGCCCAGUUAUUGUCUCAGGAUGACCUUGAGGCCUUGGUAAUGCCUACACUUCGACAAGCAGUAGAAGAUAAAUCCUGGCGAGUGCGUUAUAUGGUAGCUGACAAAUUUUCAGAGCUCCAGAAAGCAGUGGGUCCCAAAAUCACCUUAAAUGACCUCAUCCCCGCCUUUCAGAACCUACUUAAAGACUGUGAAGCUGAAGUCCGAGCAGCUGCUGCCCACAAAGUAAAAGAACUUUGUGAGAACUUGCCCAUUGAAGGUAGAGAGACCAUAAUUAUGAAUCAAGUUCUACCCUAUAUAAAGGAAUUAGUAUCUGAUACCAAUCAACAUGUCAAAUCAGCUCUAGCUUCUGUAAUUAUGGGAUUGUCUACCAUUUUGGGCAAAGAAAAUACAAUUGAACAUCUUCUACCUCUUUUUUUAGCUCAGUUAAAGGAUGAGUGUCCUGAAGUUCGUUUGAAUAUCAUCUCCAAUUUGGAUUGUGUAAAUGAAGUGAUUGGAAUCCGUCAGCUCUCUCAGUCUCUCCUUCCUGCCAUAGUGGAACUGGCUGAAGAUGCCAAGUGGCGGGUCCGGUUGGCCAUCAUUGAGUAUAUGCCACUGCUGGCAGGCCAGCUGGGUGUGGAAUUUUUUGAUGAGAAGCUGAAUUCUUUAUGUAUGGCCUGGCUUGUGGAUCAUGUAUAUGCCAUUCGAGAAGCUGCUACCAACAACCUCAUGAAAUUAGUUCAGAAGUUUGGUACAGAGUGGGCCCAAAAUACCAUCGUUCCUAAAGUGUUAGUAAUGGCGAAUGAUCCUAAUUACUUGCAUAGAAUGACCACUUUAUUCUGCAUUAAUGCACUGUCUGAAGCAUGUGGUCAGGAAAUAACCACUAAGCAAAUGCUGCCCAUUGUAUUAAAAAUGGCAGGAGAUCAAGUAGCAAAUGUUCGUUUCAAUGUGGCCAAAUCGCUACAAAAAAUUGGACCAAUUCUUGAUACCAAUGCUUUGCAGGGAGAAGUUAAGCCAGUAUUACAGAAGUUAGGUCAGGAUGAAGACAUGGAUGUCAAAUAUUUUGCACAGGAAGCUAUAAGUGUUCUUGCAUUGGCAUAAUGAGGAACAGGAGGGAAAAGCCUUUACUAAAUUCUUAUCACAGAUUUCUAGUCAAUGUGUCCUUAAACUGGGUGGAGAAAAAAAUGGAAAACCUUCAAGAUCUCAUCCAAGCAAAUGGCAGCAACUUCGAAGAAAUCAAAUUUCAGUGACUUCUUUCUAAAGAUGAAUGGGAUUGUUUUUUCACUCAUCUCUUUGUUGAGAUAAUUAUUUAAGCCAUUCUUAUUGACCAAUUCCUGAUACUCUAUAUCUCAUGUUGAUUCAGGCCCCAGCCACUUUAAAUAUUCUGGAAAAAGGCUGGAUGGGUUUGGAUUCAGACAUGAAGUGGAGUGAUUCUUUUAGUGUUUACAUAUAUGUGUAUAUCCUCCACCUUUCUAAGUUAAAUGUACAUGAUUUAGAAUAAUUUACAAACUCUCUAUUGGGAGAUAGAUUGAAAUUUGAAUGUAGUAAAAGCCAUAUUUUCCUAGAUUAUGAUGGUCUGCAUCAAUGUCUUACAUGAAAGGGGAAUGUGGAGUCUCAGGGUUAAUGUAUUUGGUUGUUUUGAUUUUUAUUUCCUUGAUUUUGACUGUAAUCAUGUCAUUUAGAAACCUAGUGUGGAUGUAUCUUGCUGCUAACGUGAUGUUGAAACUUAACAAUUUCAACAGCUCACCACUGUGACUGCCUUGAAAGAUUUUUCUCUUCUUUCCUGAGAAACUAACUUUAGUGCCUCCUAAUAAGCAGUAGUUCUACUGUUUGAUUUUAAGAUUACAGUUUUGUCUUUCAAAUUAGUGUAGGAACCACUACUAUGAUACUGUGUGGAUUUUCCUGCUCUUUACCUGGUUCUGCUUCCAGCAGUAUUAGCAUCCCAUUCUUUGUCUAUAGUAGCUUUCCAAACUGAAGUUUCUUUGCUAAUUUUUUUGGUGUAGGUGAUGCUAGAAUCUUUUUGAAAUGUUUGUUUUUCUACUUUCACAGUAAAGCCUUAUUAAUUCAUUCUAGAGUUGAAGAUAAUGGGUUAAGCUGAAGUAUUUGCUGAACAAAUUCAUAGUAUAGAAGGAAACCUGUUAGAACUACUUAAACAGUUUUAAAGCUCUCUUUAGAAAACACCCAUUUACCAAUUGACAUGCCAGUUACCAAUCAGUCAUUCUUUUCAGUUAUAUCACAUACCUUCCAUACGAUCUCUGAUAGGUCACACACAGAUAAAUUCAAUAUACUUUUUGUCCUUGAAAUAUAUACAUUUAUGUUUCAUGGAGAAUUUAAAUAUUUUUCUAGUAAAUUUAUUUACAUUUUUCACCUAAUCAAACUUACUUUGUCUCUAAUAAGUUUUAGUUACUGAGGUUUUACUGUAACUUAUUUUUCUCUGAGUGCAUCUUGCUGUAGUAGUUUGGUAUUUCUAGUUUUGCUUUUUGAAUUGUUGAUUUCAUUCACAAGCUCUUUUAAAUCUUGUGAGCCUGUUCUGUUUUGUGAAGACCCAAGAACUAUAAAAUUUUGUACUUUAUAACUAUUACAUGAAACCAAUUUUGACUGAAUAUUUUCAAAUUAUCUUACCUUAGGAAAACAGAACAGAAUUUAUAUCAGAAAUUAUCUGUCUGCAUUUUAUACUGCCAAGUGACCUUGUAACAAGAUUCCAUUUUAUGUGUUCUUGUGUCAUGGAUUAAAUAUUUUCCUAAGCAAAAAUCUUUUUCUGCAUUCACAUUUUAAUAUUGUAAACUGUUACGUUAUAAACAUUUUAAUUUUAGUGUCAUGGAUCUUAUUUGUUUUAUUACCUACAGGUUAUGUUCCUCUUUAUUUAAUUCCACAUAUGAGAGACUCUUAUCUUGAUUCUUGAAACAAAUUUGCACUGAAACCAUUCUCUGCUUUACUCUUUGGUUGGAAAUGCCAUUGUUUUGGGGUAGACUUUUAAAAUGACCUUGUGGCUCCCUCUGGAGAGCCCUGGGCAUAAUCUUUCUGCUCUACACCGUGAGUUCUUACUUUCUGAAAUGUGGGCCAUGGAGCAAAACAGAGUCUCUCUUUUUAGGUGGUCCCUUAGGGACUUCAUUGUUUCUUUUUGACUUAAACAAUAGGAAAUCCGUUUGAAUUUAAAAGAAUUUAUUCUUUAGAAUAAUUGUUCUUUGGCCAGUAACUUGGCCAUUUUCUCCACAGAUUAACUUUUUUUUUUUCAAUGUUGACCAGAUUGGUCUUAAACUCCUGGACUCAAGGGAUUCUUCCUUCUCAGCCUCCCAAGUGCUGGAACUACAGGUGUGUUCCAUUGCACCCAGACAGGAUUAGUUUUCCCAUCUUGAUUUCACUGGAAUGUAAAGUCUAGGAGCUCUAUGAGGGCAGGGUUUUUGUCUGUUUUGUCUUCUGUUAUCACCAGUGACUGGAUCAGUGCUCAAUAAAAAUGUGUUCAAUGAAUGAA